AGUCCGCUUCUGUCGGCUUGCUUUGCUCAAUGGAUAAAUUUCCAAUGCUGAUGGUUUGACAGGUGCAAAUCUUACGAUUUCGUUGGUGCUACGUCAAGUAGCUCGGCAAGGUUAGACUUGAGAUUUGAUUAUCGCCGAAACCAAGAUGGCGAAUCAUAUGAAGAACUCGCGGAAGUUUUCUGCACUAGCCAGCACUGUAAAUGUUUGUGAGAGAUAGCUGAAGGUUGAGUGGCCCUCUAAACCGCGAAGCAGUCUCCACUUAAAGUUUCCUAUUGUUAACAGAGGACAGAAUCGUUGUAACUACUCCUUUCUCGAUCCCGGCCUAAGUUUUUUGUGCGAGGAAUCGAAUAUUUACCGAGAUGACGAAAUGUGCACAAAGCCCACACGACUUCUUCCGAGAUGUAUUUACACCAUCAGUGGCAGUGCUCACGAGUGAAGAUGUUGAGAUUGUCUGCCAGAAGAACGAGUUGUCAUUUGUGGACAUGAUACGACCAUUCUGUCAUCUGUCCAACGAAGUUCACAUAAGAGACCCUGUCAACCCAAAUGUUGUAAUUCCUAUAAGGAAUUUUAAGCUGAAGGUCCAAAAUCUUAAUGUUCCAUCACCACCAAGUCAACUUGUAAGCAAAGUUUUGAGCGAAGUUGUAGCCAAGUCUGUGACAAGUGUUGAUUUGAAAACAACUCAUUCAUUGGAAACGCUUCAAAAUGUGAAAACUCCUUGGUUUGAGGCUUAUCGAAGCUGCUUCUUUCAACUGCUCAAGCCAAUGGACCAUGAAUUUAUAAGGCACAUUUUGGCCUGCAUGAUAGUUGUAUCAACUCGUAAUCCAGACCCCAUGGGAGCAUUUGUCUCCCUCAGUGCACAGCAGACAGCCAUUCAGCAGUCAACAAGUGGUCACAACCCAUAUGUCAAAUGGUUUAGUCCAAGUACCUUCAAGUAUUAUGUACUUGUUCAUGAUGUUUCAGAAGGGCAUGAAUUCAAGGCAGAUGCAGUGUUUCAGAGUAUGAAGUCAGUCUAUGGGUCACAUACUUGCUUCUUGUUACAAAUAAAUUCAAAGCCAAAGGUGCUGCCAAAUGCACCUGAACCUGAAAAUGUUUCAGAUCCAUGGAGUCGUUUCCUUUACCCUUUUGACGAUGAAACAUUGGACAUUGGUGACGACAACGGCGAUGAUGAUAGUCAACCUGACCAGCAUUCUCGCCAGUCCAACAAAGGACCGCAAACGCAAGCUGAGGCUGACAAGGAAGAAGCAAGGAUUCUUGAAAAUUUUGAAAAGGCAGAAAAAUUGGCUGAAGAGUCUAAUUUUAGUCCCAGUUUGCGAUUCCAAGAUCCUUUAACAAGUAUGCACUACAAUGAGAAUCUAGAAAAUGAUGAAAUAAACGAUUUAGGUCCCUUAAAACCAGGACCACCAGAUCUUGUCAAGGAUAUACCUCAAUACAAGCGAAGACUGAGUCAAGUGAAAUUGAAUGAGUAUAAGAAAAGCAUAAAACAGUUCUCGUUCGAGAUGUUACCGGCAGCAACAAGAACUAAAGAUUCAAAGAAGCGAGGAACGUUGUUAACACUGAUGGACAUUGAGAGGGUUAAAACGCUGGUAUAUGAAUUUUGUGUUAGAGGCUUGCUUCUACAUAUCGAGAAGCUAAUGAGAAACUUGAGUGAACAGAUUUUAUCGCGGAAAGGACUGCAUCGGUCAAUUUUCAACGUCACUAAGAAGUGGUUUGGCGGCAGUAAAAGUACUGUUGCCGUUAGCAGUCAAGGGAGCAGCGCUGGUAUUGGAAUCAGUUAUCCGGUGGAUUCUGCCGAGUUACAGCAAAGAAAGCUUGGUGACCUGGCCUUUCUGGUUCAACAUUACGAGCUGGCUUUUAACUCUUAUCAUGCUGCAAAACGAGAGUUUAACAAUGACCAUGCGUGGCUAUACUUUGCCGGAGCCUUGGAAAUGGCUGCCAUUUCAGCAUUCAUGCAAGGACCUCAAAGGACAUACCCUGUGCAUUACUUCGAGGCCUGUAUUUCAACCUAUCUGAAUACCUGCAGGCUACCAGAAUACGCAACACGGGCGUGCCUCAUGAGCACAGAGGUCUUCAAAUACCGAAACAUGUUUGCAGACGCUGCUUUCGAAUUCAUCAAGCUUACAAAUGAGGAUUGUGACUUAAGAAGCGCGCUGUUACUUGAGCAAGCAUCACACUGCUAUCUGCAUAACAGCCCACCAAUGACGAGGAAAUACGCGUUCAACAUGAUUCUGGCAGGACACCGAUUCAGCAAAUCUGUCCAGAGAAAGCAUACAUUAAGAUGUUACACGAAUGCAUUGAAUAUAUACAAAGACAAAGGCUGGCAUUUUGCUGAGGACCACAUGAACUUCAUCAUCGGAAGGCAAUGUUUCAACCUGGGCCAGCUUGAUGAUUCCAAGACUGCACUGCGAAACUUGUUGAUUUAUGAGAGCUGUCAGCCAGCUCCGCACCAGGCGUCGCAUCUCAGAGAAUACUUAGCUGUUUUCAAGCAAUCAAUGGAGAAAAAGAAAAACUCCCACGAAUCAAAGAAGUCCGAGACAUUACCUGUGCUUCCGCUGCCAAAAAUCGAUGGCCAGGCCACAAGGGUGAUAUUAUCAGCAGAGAGUGCUGGGUCUGACAUAUCCUGUGAUACACCAACGCUAGAAAAUCCAGCAGUCGACCAAAACAGGACGAGAACAGUAGUUGCUGGGCAUUACAGUUUCAGAAGGAACUAUAACAAAAAUUACAUCCAGCGCUGGUCUAAUGCAGAAAAACAAGCAAUCGAGAAAAUAACAGGCUCAAGUAGGUACCCUUGGAGACCAGCAAUACCUUUCUUGAGCAAUGCAACAGAUAACAGCUACAGACCAGCUUGCAUUGUUGGAGAAAUAUGUUCUUUGGAAAUAGUAUUUGUCAAUCCUCUGCGUAUCCCGCUUAAUUUACUGGGUCUUCACCUACUUUGGGAGUUUACUCCAGAUGAGCCAGUCAGAAAAGAGGAAAGCAAGAUUUCUAACCAGCUCGCGGAUUACCCAGAAUACAUAUCUACUGACGUCAUAGAAAAUUUCAUAGUAAAGGCACAAGAACGAAAAUCUGUACCGUUGAAUUUAAAAUUUCAUAAGACCGGGAGCCUGAAGGUGACUGGAGUAAAGUACGUGCUUAGCAGCAUAUCCGUGAUUAACGCUGUUGAUGAUGAGGGGAAAAUCGAUUUGAAUGGCGUUCAGGACUCAACAUUGUUGACUUUUGGUGUAAAAGGACAGCAAAUGCUAGAGGUGAAAGGACCACGACUAAACAGUACCAAGAAAGAAAAGACCAGUGUUACUUAUGGAAACGAUUACAGGUUGAAUCCAAGAAUUCUCCCUUCAGUCCCCAAACUUCAGGCAUGGAUGGUUAAUUUUCCCGUCACGCUCCUUUGCGGAGAAGUGCGCCUAACGCAGUUUGUUUUCAAAAACUCAGGCAAGACUCCGUUAAAAAAUCUUUACAUAUCAUGCAAUAAACCUGAAAGUUUUUCGGUGGACAUGCAACUAAUGUCUGAAGACUUGAAGUCAAAAGACAAUAUUUACAAAACUGUUGAUGGCAAUUCUAUGAAACAUUCUGCAGCUGAAAUAUUGUCUCCAGGGACUGCUGAGCAGGUAAUCAAAGUACCAUUGGAAGAUGAAGUUUUGCUACCAAAUGCAGAGAUAAUUGUCCCGGUUUGGAUUCAUGGUACAUCGACCCCCGGUGUUCAUGAAUUGGAUUUUCUCUUCUACUAUGAGCCUGUCAACCCGGUUCCGGGGGUCCCGUAUCGCGUGACUCAGCAGACUAUUCGUCUACAGACAUUGGCAACCUUGAACCUUUCUGCUGCUGUUAAAAAAUCGUCUGCAAGCUUUUUUAAAGGAGUCCAAGAAGAAACGAGCAUUGAUGGGCCUUCUGAUCAAACUUUUAUUGGAUUGCAUGUUGAAAACAGAGCACAGGGCUCUGCAUUUCCACGCUGUGUAGAAUUCACUGUUCUUCAAGUAUCUUGCUUCAGCAAACGUGUGAAGUUCAUGAAUGUUGGUAAAGGGUCAACGACUUAUCAAAAACUGCGUCCAGGAGAGGCCUUGUUGAUGUAUUUGAAAGCCUAUGAAGAUUCAAAACGAGAUUCAGAUGAUUUUGAUCAGAACUCACCAGUUGUCUCUCAUAUUCCAUUCACAAAUCGGAUGAUUGAUGGAGCAAAAUCCCCAGCCAUCGAUUUCUUUAACCGAGCUCCUUCAGCUGCAAAUAUCUUGGAUGCUCAGUUACCAGCAGCUGCUAGGAUUGGGAUCGCAAUCUUUUGGCAGACUUCAUAUAUUGACGACGCAUGCGUGCGCCAUACCAUUUAUGGUCAAACUCAUACUGGUGUUUACAAUGCCGUGGAGUCGCCGAAUACAUUUGACCCAAGGCUGGCACUACAUUCAACUUUCCAAUCGGCUGAUUAUGACAUCGUCGACAGCAAAAGGGGCUUGGACCAAAGAAAUCUGUCUGCAGUGAAUGUUACAAAUCAGAUAAAAGUUACCUUGCAACAUGAUUCAUCGGUCAUGCACAAUUUUGAUGCAGAAAGUAUCUGUAGAGUGCCUGUUUGCGUCACAAUAUACAAUACACAUGAAAAAGAGGUCAUGGUUUUUGUUACGCCGAGGAAUACUAAUGAAGGAAGUAAUAAAGCUUCGGAUGGCGACGUCCAGUCAAAUAAUUCUUGGCGGCACUCAGCUAUUAUCGAGCCACAGUUUAACCGAAGGUAUCCCUCGCAUUUCACAACUAUAAGUGCGUGGGUUGGAAAAACUGCUCAGAGACUCAAGUUGCAGCCAUUCGCCAAACAAAGCUGCAUCUUCGACGCCGUCACGACUAGCCCUGGAGUUUAUGACUUGAAUGCUUUCCAAGUUAUCAUUAUUGAUAAUAAGCAUGACAUUGUUGUCAAAAAGACUGACGAUGAAUCGGUCGUACAUAUCACUGAUUCGUCAAAUUCAUUGAGUGAUUCGUUUUCACUUUCAGAUAACCAAUAGAAUAUUAUUUGAAUAGUAAAUCUCAUUUUUGUAGUUCUUGUAGACAUACAUAGAAAUAUAUAUAUAAUCG